GAUUUUUUUUUUUUUUCAGAAGAAAAUCACGAGCAAUUCUUGAUAAACUCGUGACCUGUUAUACCAGAAAACAGGAGAUCACAUAUUCAGAGGAAGACAAUGGUUCCCUUACUGCUGUCACUGCUGCUGCCCGAAUUGCUGGCUAACCAAGUUUGCCUCCAGAUUUCAGACGGUGACAUUCGUAUUAAUAUGACCGGUGUUAAAAUUGUUGAAGUUACGGAGUCUGAUACUGUGACAUGUGUUGUGGAGGGAGCUCCCUGUGUCUUUCUAUGCACGUACAGUACCACGGUGUGGCUCAGUGGAUCAUAUGGUUGCGUAGAGGCUGAUGUGACACAAUGUGCUGCCAAGGUUGAGUACAGCAUGAAACCAUAUACAACUUGCAUUCUAUACCUAUGUAACGACACAGUCAUCUUGCCACUGAUUCUUUCACUGGGAAGUGGCAGCUCAUAUACGAAGGAAAUGAUACAACUCUUCCACAUAAAGGAUUCAUGUCCAGAGCUCUUCAGUAGUAACACUGAAGUCAAGAAGGCCUUUAUGAAUGUGGAAAGACAGAUAAUUCACAGCAUUAUGAGAAGAACCUCGUUCAAGACUGAAAGCUCCAAACACUACAGCCUGAGGGCCUUGUCGCUUAAUGUGGUCAACAUCAGUGAGGCUGACCUGACAGGAAACCACAGCAGGUUCCAGAUACAAGUACCCCAGCUGCUGCCUCAGAACAGUUCAUUUGUUCCUGAGACUUGGCUGCCUGUGUAUGCCCUGCACACCAUCCCAAAGGAGAAGAGGAUUAUUGGUUUGGUCAACUACAUGCAGCACAGCCACUUCCAAUUUGAACAGGAAGCUAUCUCAUCAGUGGUUAUUAGGAUAGAGCUACUGGAGGAACACCACCAACACCUUCACAAUCUGGCAACGUCAAUCAAGAUGAUUUUCAGAACUGAUACACACAGAUAUUUGGAUAAUGACUCAUGGUUACAGUGCCACUACUUUGAUGAACGAGACUACCUCUGGAAAACAGAUGGAUGUGAGACUCACUUUAACAGAACCCAAGCUGACGUCAUUUGCGACUGUAACCAUGCAACACCCUUCGCUGUCCUACUGAUGAGAGAACCAAUUUCAGAAGUCCACUGGAAAAUACUGUCGUACAUCAGUUACCUAGGCUGCGGCCUGUCCGCCUUCUUCACUGCUUUGUCCCUUGUGAUAUAUGUCUUCAGUCGAAACCACAGAAUGGAUUACUCCAUCUCUAUCCAUGUGUCUCUGAGCGGUGCCUUGUUUCUGCUCAAUACAACCUUCCUGUUGACUGAGUGGGGGGCCACGGUGAAGCCAGACUGGGUGUGUGUGUUAGUCGCAGCGCUCAUGCAUUACUCCUUGCUCUGCUGUUUCACCUGGAUGGCCAUAGAGGCACUUCACCUCUAUCUGCUGCUGAUAAAGGUCUUUAACACCCACUACAAACACUACCUGGUCAAACUGUCUGUUGCUGGAUGGGGGAUACCUGGUGUUAUCGUGGCAGUCUCUUUGGGAGUGAAGGACUUCAAACAGUUUUACGGAGUUGCAGAAAUGACAAUGGCUGAUACAAACCAAACUAAUGCCAUCUGUUGGAUCACAGAUGACUCCUUCUUCUACUCCCUGAACCUGGUGUAUUUCACCCUUAUAUUCAUCUUCAACUCUGGCAUAUUGAUGGCAGUGGCCUCUGGCAUCUGUAAGAUGAAACAAGCGCUCAGGAGCAGCUCAAAGUUUCGGGCAGAGACUGAGGGAAAUACUUGGAGAGACCCCGAGAGGAUCAGUGUUUCCUGCAGGAAUAGCCUCACUGUGUUAGGUAUUACCUGCCUGCUGGGAACCACCUGGGGACUGGCCUUCCUGGGCUCCGGAUAUGUCAACUACCCAAUCCUUUACCUUUUCUGCAUCCUCAACUCCACACAAGGUUUCUUUAUCUUCCUAUGGAUAUGUCUGUCAGCCAAGAAGCAGAGGAAGAAAGAGAUGGAGGAAAGAAUGACUUCACUUCCUGUGAGGACUUCAGGAAUGAAAUGUGAUUAGAACCUCUUUCCUGCCAGUGUAAUUCACACUGGGGAUGCUGGGGACAUGUCCCCACCACUUUUUGAAAUGGCUGAUUUUGUCCCCACCGCUUUUUGAAAGCAUUUGCUGAAAGUUUUCUGAAAAUUAACUUGCAACAAGAAUCAUUAAAUAACAAAUAAAAAUUCUUGAGAAAGCUUUACUUGCACACUA